AUGGACUUCACAGCCCUAAAAACCUUGCAGGACAAGUGUACCUGUCACAUUUGCUUGGAUUUCAUGGAAGACCCAGUGACCACGAGGUGUGGGCACAACUUCUGUUAUGCCUGCCUCAAUUUGUUCUGGAAUGAUCUAAAAGGCAUCAUCUUUUGCCCUGUCUGUCAUACUUGCUUUCCACAGAAAAGUUUCAGCAGGAACUACCAGUUCCGUAACAUGACUGAAAUCAUUAGGCUCCUGCAGAAGAAGCGGAGCAAGAGGAAGAGGCAGGAAGAACACUCAGUGUGUCAGAAGCAUGAUCAGCCUCAGAUCUUGUUCUGUGUGAAGGAUCAAGAUGUCUUAUGUACCCAGUGUAGCCUCUCUGUUGAACACCAGGGCCAUUACACCUGUCCCAUUAAAAAGGCCGGCUCUUAUCACAGGAAAAUCCUCGAGAGUGCCAUUAUAACUUUUAAGUGCAAAGUGAAACAAGUUGAAAAAAAGCUAGCUCUGCAGCACAGGAGAGUUCUUGAACUGAAAGAAGAGAAUGAAUAUAAAAAAAAAGAGAUAAGUUACGAAUUUGGGCAAAUCAAACUGUUCCUGCAGAAUGAGCAGGAGACACGUCUAAAUGAGACAUACAUCGAGGAGCUGAUGGCUUUAUCAGAACUGAAUGGAUAUCUUGAGACCCUGUCAGACUAUGUUUCCACAGCAAAAGAUCUGGUGAAGGAAGUGGAAGCCAUACAUGAAGGGUCAGAUGUCACACUCCUGACAAGUACUCCGAGAGCCUACGACAGAUUGCAAAACCUCAGAUACCCCAAACCGUGGUCAUUCAGGACAAAGCAAUAUGGCCUUAGUCUUCCGCCACAGUAUUCUGGCUUGGACAGAAUCAUCGAGCAAUUUCAAACAGAUGUGACUUUUGAUAUUGGCACCGCACACCCUCAGCUUGUUAUUUCUGAGGAUAGAAGAUCUGUGUUUUAUAAAGCAGCAAAGCAAUGUGUGUGUGCUAGCCCUGGGAAAUUUCACUUCUGGCCUGCUCUCCUGGGAUGUAAAGGAUUCCAUUCUGGUCGAUGGUACUGGGAAGUCAAAGUGGGAGACAAGCCCAGAUGGACACUGGGUGUGUGUCAAGCCCACUUUGCUGGGGACUGGAGCAGUCAGCCCUCAGGCUUCUGGGCAAUUGGGAGGUCCACUGAGAAUAGCUACGUCACCUAUGGGCCUACAAGAACUGAGCUUCUACCAGUAGUGCAGCCCAGCAAGGUCGGCAUAUUUUUGGAUUAUGACUUAGGUGAGCUCUUCUUCUAUAAUAUGAGUGACAGGUCUCUUCUCUACACUUUCAGAAAUUCUUUUACCAGCACCCUUUGGCCUUAUUUCUAUACAGGAACAGAUUCUGAAUCUCUUGAAAUCUUAACCACCCCGCACCAGACACAGAUCUUUACUUGGUUCUAG